AUGAGACAUCCAGAGGGUUCCUCUGGGGCCUCCCCUUCUCGGCCCCCUAUGGCUUCGUCCGCAAGUGGUGGAGCUCAAGGGAAUAAAAAGCGCGAGCCGCCCGCGCUCGAAUUGAACCUGGACUCGCAUGUGGGUGGAAUUUCGGUGAACUUGAAGGGUCUGCACUUUGUGAAGCCGGAAACCAUCGCCCCCGAGCUGUGCCUUCGAGACUGCGCGCGUGCUGUCUGUCCCUCAGGUGUGCGAACUGUACGCGACUUGUUGCUGGCCGUGGAGUCGACUCAGCGGCGUCUUCAUUCGCUGAAUCUCUUUUCCAAAACCGCGAGCGAGCUGCACUGCGGCCAGAAGGAUGGCGAGGUGUGCGUGACGCUUCAUCUGAAGGAGGAGCGGCGGCGCUGCAACGUGGGGGUCAACAUCAGCGGAAGGGGGGAGACGGAGCUUGAAGCGUCUGCAAGUAUACCGGCAUUAGGGGGAACGAACAAGAGUCUCACGCUCACUGCCGCGACGGCUCCGAUGGGGGGGCCCUCCCGCGUAUUCUCAGCCUCCCUGUUUGCCCCGCGGUUGCCUGGUUUCAUACAGCGGGGGGCCCCCCUCUUCUCCGUGGGCACGGUGCGCCUUUUCAGCAGCAGAAAAGACAUGACGCACUACAACUCAACGGCUCUUACGGCCACGGGAACUGCGGCAGAACUGAGGGCAGAAGAUGGUACGCAUGCGGUGACUGCGUCCUUUAGUCUUCGCGAUAGCUCUCCCAUCAGCGCUGCAUCGAGGGUGGCAUCGCCCUCUGUCAUGCUGUUGCCGUGGCGGUCUUUUAAGCACUCCUUCAGAUACGUAUACACCCGAGACGAACUGGACAAGCCAGAUGCAGCAGCGGCUGCCGAUGCUGCACCCGUGCUGCUGCCAAGAAAAGGUUACAGGCUACAAGCAGCGGCGGAGGCAGCACUUCCGGGGGGGGACGCGCGGUUCCUCAAAGGCGAGAUACACGGCUUUGCUGCUGUGCCUCUUACCAGUAGCCGCAGCAAAAGCCACAGCCAGACGCACAACAGCAGCGCCAACACAACUCCGUGGAUUCUCACGGGAAGAUUCGGGCUUGGCGCCCUUCUAACCCCCAAAAGUGCACCUCCCCUCUGCCUAGAUGACAAGUUUCAUUUUGCAGGGGCCUCCUCCGCCCUAAGAGGCUUCAAGCCAUGUGGAGUAGGCCCUGCAGACCAAGCUUACGUCAUAGACAAAGACCGCUCAGUUUGUACUCCGGUCAAUGAUCACCUCGGAGGCGAUGCCUUUUUUGCCUCCGAGGUGUGUCUAGCCUACGAUUUCCACGCGACCUACGGAUCCAUCAGCACCAGCAGCAGCGAAGGCAACCCCUCCAGCAGCAGCGACAGCGGCAAGCGGGGCUUUGGCGGUUAUCAUCCGCGGGUGUUUGUGUUUGGAAGCGUUGGAGGCAUAGCCAAUGUAUUCCAGCAUCACACGCAGCUGACGCAAAAAGACGCUAAGACCGUCUCAUCCCGGAUGUCUUCUCUCUUCAGGGACUGGAGAGGCACUGUAGGCCUUGGUAUCUGCUUCCCGCUGCAGCGUGGCGUGUGGCUCGAGGGUGCGCUUGCCCUGCCCGUACGCAGGGCAGCCACAGACGAGACUGAGAGACUGCACAUUGGGCUCAGAGUCACCUCCAUUGAGGUACCUUCGUAA